AGCCAUUUUGUCAGUCGCCAGCGGAUCCCGCGCGCUGGAGAAGUGCAGUUCCCCCUGGUUACCAACUCGUCGGUUCUGCCUUCGCGCUGCGGGCGCCGUCCGAAGAGCACUCACCACAGAUACAGUCAUUCCUCCCUACAGUGCCGCCGCCGCUGUUGCAUCCGUCCGGAGCUAGUGCGCUGUCUUCCUCCCCCACCACUGACAGGCGCCCUUAGGGAGCCGCCGUCAGAGAUGUCAAGCGAGGAAAGCUACCGGGCCAUUCUUCGCUACCUGACAAACGAGCGUGAGCCGUAUGCUCCGGGCACGGAGGGCAAUGUCAAGCGUAAAAUCCGCAAAGCGGCCGCCUGCUAUGUGGUGCGCGGUGGGACCUUGUACUACCAGCGGCGGCAGCGGCACCGCAAGACCUUCGCGGAGCUGGAGGUGGUGCUGCAGCCCGAGCGGCGCCGGGGGCUCAUCGAGGCGGCGCACCUGGGCCCGGGCGGCACUCACCACACCCGGCAUCAGACCUGGCACGACUUGUCCAAGACUUACUGGUGGCGAGGUAUAUUAAAGCAAGUGAAAGAUUACAUUAAACAGUGUAGCAAAUGCCAGGAGAAGCUAGAUCGGUCCCGUCCAAUAUCAGAUACUUCAGAAAUGUUAGAAGAAUUGGGACUAGACCUUGAGUCUGGAGAAGAAAGUAAUGAAUCAGAGGAUGAUCUGAGCAAUUUUACUUCAGCUCCAACUGCAGCCUCCAAGCCUGCAAAAAAGAAGCCAGUGUCCAAACAUGAACUUGUAUUUGUUGACACCAAAGGAGUGGUGAAACGUUCUUCUCCAAAACAUUGUCAGGCUGUCUUAAAGCAGCUCAACGAACAGAGACUCUCCAACCAGUUCUGUGAUGUUACUUUGUUAAUUGAGGGAGAGGAGUACAAAGCUCAUAAAUCUGUUCUGUCAGCUAAUAGUGAAUAUUUUCGAGAUCUUUUUAUUGAGAAAGGAGCUGUUUCCAGUCAUGAGGCAGUGGUGGAUCUUUCUGGUUUUUGUAAGGCAAGCUUCCUUCCUUUAUUGGAAUUUGCCUACACUUCUGUACUAAGUUUUGACUUCUGUAGCAUGGCUGAUGUAGCCAUCCUGGCUCGUCAUCUUUUCAUGUCAGAAGUUUUAGAAAUCUGUGAGAGUGUGCAUAAACUAAUGGAAGAGAAGCAGCUAACAGUAUAUAAGAAGGGUGAAGUACAAACAGUUGCAUCCACCCAGGACUUACCAGAACAAAAUGGAGGCACUGUGCCUCCUGUGGCUAGCAACGAGGGGACCACAACAACAUUAUCUACUGAACUUGGGGAUUGUGAAAUUGUACUAUUGGUGAAUGGAGAAUUGCCAGAAACUGAGCAGAAUGGAGAGCUAGGACAGCACCCUGAACCCCAGGUUUCUUCAGAAGCUGAAGCCACUCUGUCACCUGCAGGCUGUAUAACUGGUUCCCAUCCUGAAAUGGAGUCUGUUGAUUUAGUAACAAAAAAUGAUGAGACAGAAGUAGAAACUUUAAACAGAGAAGAUAGCGCACCUUCUGAUAUUAAUCCCAAACUUUCAAAAGAGAAUGUGAUCAGUAACUCUCCAGAAAACAGUGAUAUGGGAAAUGACCCAUCAAGUGAAGAUAUCUGUGCUGAAGACAUUCCAGAGCAAAUGCAGAACCUUAGCCAGUCUUUAAAAGAUCAGGAAAAUCUAGUUGCACUGACAGCAAAGCCAGACCUUAGCACUGAUGAUGAAACUUACAGAAGCAGACUUCGGCAGCGUUCUGUUAAUGAAGGGGGAUAUAUCCGACUACACAAAGGAAUGGAGAAAAAGCUACAGAAACGGAAAGCCAUUCCCAAGUCAGCAGUUCAACAGGUAGCCCAGAAAUUAGUUCAAAGAGGGAAAAAAAUGAAACAGCCCAAAAGGGAUACGAAAGAGAAUACUGAAGAAGCAGCAUCCCAUAAAUGUGGGGAAUGUGGAAUGGUUUUUCAGAGACGAUAUGCCCUUAUAAUGCAUACAUUGAAACAUGAAAGAGCUAGAGAUUACAAAUGUCCGUUGUGUAAAAAACAGUUUCAGUACAGUGCCUCCUUGCGAGCACAUCUUAUUCGACAUACCAGAAAAGAUGCACCCACUUCAUCUUCUUCCAAUUCCACGUCUAAUGAGGCAUCAGGAACAUCGUCUGAGAAGGGGAGAACCAAACGAGAAUUUAUAUGUUCCAUAUGUGGAAGGACAUUACCUAAAUUAUAUUCUCUACGAAUACACAUGUUAAAGCAUACAGGUGUAAAGCCACAUGCAUGCCAGGUCUGUGGAAAGACUUUCAUCUAUAAACAUGGUCUAAAAUUGCACCAGAGUCUCCAUCAAUCACAAAAGCAGUUCCAGUGUGAACUAUGUGUUAAGUCAUUUGUUACCAAACGGAGUCUUCAAGAACAUAUGAGUAUUCACACAGGAGAGUCCAAGUACCUUUGCUCAGUUUGUGGAAAGUCUUUUCACAGGGGCUCUGGCCUCAGCAAGCACCUAAAGAAACACCAGCCAAAGCCUGAAGUUCGAGGCUAUCAUUGUACUCAAUGUGAAAAAAGUUUCUUUGAAGCUAGAGAUCUUCGUCAGCACAUGAACAAACAUCUUGGUGUGAAGCCAUUCCAGUGCCAAUUUUGUGAUAAGUGCUAUAGUUGGAAGAAAGAUUGGUAUUCCCAUGUGAAGUCUCAUUCUGUCACUGAGCCUUAUAGGUGUAAUAUAUGUGGCAAAGAAUUUUAUGAAAAAGCAUUGUUCAGAAGGCAUGUAAAGAAAGCUACCCAUGGAAAAAAAGGAAGAGCGAAGCAGAACCUGGAACGGGUAUGUGAACAAUGUGGAAGAAAAUUCACUCAGCUAAGAGAGUAUAGGAGACACAUGAACAACCAUGAAGGAGUUAAGCCAUUUGAAUGCUUAACAUGUGGAGUAGCUUGGGCUGAUGCCCGAUCUCUAAAACGCCACGUCAGAACGCAUACUGGUGAACGGCCCUACGUCUGCCCUGUAUGUAGCGAAGCCUACAUAGAUGCUCGAACCCUCCGUAAACAUAUGACUAAAUUCCACAGAGAUUAUGUGCCUUGCAAAAUUAUGCUGGAAAAAGAUACCCUUCAGUUUCAUAACCAAGGAACUCAAGUGGAGCAUGCUGUUAGUAUCUUAACAGCAGACAUGCAGGAACAAGAAAGCAGUGGUCCUCAAGAACUUGAGACUGUGGUCGUGACAGGAGAGACCAUGGAAGCACUCGAAGCCGUGGCAGCUACGGAAGAGUGUCCAUCAGUAUCUACGCUUUCUGACCAAAGUAUUAUGCAAGUGGUUAAUUACGUGUUGGCACAACAGCAAGGACAGAAGCUGUCUGAAGUUGCAGAAGCGAUUCAAACUGUCGAAGUAGAGGUGGCACAUAUUUCAGAAACAGAGUGAAUAUAGUCUUGGAGAAAAAAAGAAGGGUCCUAGCAUUGUAUACUGAACUCACAGAACAUUUGUUUACAGUACUGUGCGACUGUCUGCCUAGAGCCUGUAUGUCAAGGCUCUGGGCUCUUGGGUGAGGUUUUAACACUUCUAAACGAUUUGUCUGGCUAUAGGUUCUGUUGAAAAGUCCAUUUACUGUAAAGAAGUUGAAAACAAAUGUACUUGAUGGCAUUGGUUUAUCAUGGUGUACUUUUUAUGAAUUGAUGUUUAUAAAGGACUGUACUAAAUUAAAAACUGUAUAGUUUCACUUGCAUUUUGACAUGAUCAUCUACUUUGAGUUUAAAAGGCUGUACUAGUCAGAUUUUCUUCUUUUAUUCUCAAAAUAGGUUCUGUGAUUUCAUUUGCCCUGUUUAUAGGUCUAAAAAAAAUCUAAUAUAAAGCAUUUUAGUAGGAUGCAUAGGUACAUUACAUUUUUAAAAUGCUUCAGGUCUGGAUUCUUGACUUACUAUUUAUUUUAACCCCUUAUAAGUCAGGGAUUUAUUCUAUUUUAAAGCACUUAAUGAGUUACAUGUUGUAAUCAAGUUUGCACAGUAUACUUAUCUAUAUGGGGAGCCCUUAAAUACAUAGCUGAUUUUUAAAAUGCAUGAAAUGCCUAUUAAAGCCUUACUAUAUACUAUCUCUUCAAGGCAAGUAAAUUGACCACGAGCAAAGAACACUGUUAUUAAACACUGUUGAUGGGAAAUUUCUUCUUGAUAACAUGGGACAAUAAAUGGAAAAAAAAAAAAUCUCAUUCUUUUGCUGAAAGAAUGAACAAGUUAAAACUAGAUUUGGUAUGUUUGCAGCUUUUGUAUCAUGUUUAAUUGUUCAAUUUUGUUGAAAAACUGCAAUUUAGAAAUAGGAUAGCAAUAUAGACAUCUAAAGGGGUCCUGAGGAUACCAUAUAAUUGUUGAGUAACUUCAGAAUAGUGAAGUCUUCAAUUCAGCCCUCAUUAUAGUAUACUACUCAAAGAAAUUGAUUAUGGUCCACCAAAUUGUUGGAAGUAAAUUAUUUUUAAAAGUUACCUGUGAAUUAUAUUAAUUUGUGUGUUUGAUUUUUAAAUUCCCACUUGUAGAAGCUAUCCAGUUUUCUGAUUUUCAAAAUAACCAUAGGGAGAUGCCACAUUUCACUCCUGUGGGUAGCUACCACUCAAACUAUAAUUGUUAAAAUUAAACUUUUUAAGUAUUAGCCGCUAAUAUAAGGUAUAAAAUGAAAAUAAAAGCAAAUCACAUGUAAAUCAUUCCUAAAGCACAAGAAAAGAAUGUGCCUUGAUGUACAUAUAUUAAGAUACUUAUUCCAGUUUACUUUAAGAAUAGCUUAAAAGAUAAAGAAUAAAUGUGAUGCCAUGCAUGCGUUCUACCUGCAUAUGUAAUAUUUGCAUUUGCAAAUUUCCCAUUGUCUCUAUAGCUGUGUGGCUGACUUUUGAAUUUUAAGUGAAUUGACAUACAGUCUAUAACUUUACAAUGGCUGCUUGUUUAUUGUAUCUUUCAGUUAGUGAAAAUGUGUUUCAACCUGACUAAAAUUUGGAAUUGUGUCUUUUAUGUUCCAUCCUCACUGUUAUUAGAUUUAGUUAAUUGUAUAAGACCGUUGAUGUAUGUCAAAAACAUGUAAAUAAAACAUGUCGAAUCUUGUUUAAAAGCAUAA